AUGACUGAUAUUCCGAAGGAGGGAAAACUGACCAGAUUUCUGGACUUCACCCAGCUCAUUGACAUGGCCUCUGAGUGCGUGGGAGGAAAGGUUUUAUUUGCAACAGAUGACUUUUUCGCUCCUGCAGAAAAUCUCAUAAAGAGUGACAGUCCGAGCUUUAAGGAACACGAAUACACGGAGUUUGGGAAAUGGAUGGAUGGAUGGGAGACCAGGAGGAAACGGAUUCCAGGUCAUGACUGGUGUGUCAUCCAGCUGGGGAUACAGGGCAUUAUCCGUGGUGUCGACGUGGACAUUUCUUACUUCUCUGGGAGCUAUGCUCCUCGUAUGUCGAUUCAAGCGGCAAACUUGAAUGAAGAAAAUGUGCCAGCCAUCCCACCAAGAGAAGCAAAGACAGGAGCUGCAGCGACGCCUGAGGAGUUUGAAGCCAUUAGUGAGCUAAAUUCGGACUCCUGGGAUUACCUGGUUCCCAUGUCGGAGCUUAAGCCAGGGGACCCUGACUCCAGCCACAACUAUUUUUUUGUCAAUUCCCAGCAGAGAUGGACUCACAUAAGACUCAACAUCUUCCCAGAUGGUGGCAUCGCACGCCUCCGAGUAUACGGUACUGGACAGAGGGACUGGACUUCAUCGGACUCCAAGGAACCUGUAGACCUGGUGGCCAUUGCUUUUGGGGGAGUCUGUGUAGGCUUUAGUAAUGCACACUUUGGACAUCCAAAUAAUAUGAUAGGUGUCGGCCAGCCCAAGUCCAUGGCAGAUGGCUGGGAAACCGCUAGGAGGCUGGACAGACCCCCCGUGUUAGAAAGUGAUGAGAAUGGCCUUCUCCAGAUCCCCGGUAGUGAGUGGGCAGUGUUCCGACUGGCACAUCCUGGAGUCAUCACUCAAAUUGAAAUUGAUACCAGAUACUAUAUAGGCAAUUCUCCUGACAGCUGCCAAGUGGAUGGGUGCGUCCUGACCACGCAGGAAGAGGAAGACAUGGUCAGGAACCAAUGGAUCCUUCCUGCCCAUAAGUGGAAGCCACUGCUUCCUGUCACCAAGCUCUCUCCCGACCAAAACCACGUGCUAGACAGCCUGACCCUGGAGCUCCAGGAUGUCAUCACCCAUGCCAGGCUCACCAUCACCCCCGAUGGGGGUGUAAGCCGCCUUCGGCUCAGGGGCUACCCCAGUUCCAUCUGUUUGCUGCGACCCCUCCGGGAGAAGCCCACACUGAAGUUCUCUCUGAAGCCAAGCUUCCGGGCAAAUCUUUAG